AGUUUAAUUGUGUUCAUUCAAGCUUCAUCAUGGAUAUUAAAAUUGGAAUUUUAGUUUUGAGUUUAGUCGGUUCAACUUUUGCAAAUUUAGAAUCAAAAGUUAUCAAUGGAACAAAUGCAGACAUUUCUGAAUUUGGAUUUUUAGCUUCUUUAAGACGGAAUGGCGGUCAUUCAUGUGGUUCGACAAUUCUCAAUGAAUGGUGGAUACUGACCGCUGCACAUUGUGUAACUGCGCCCGCUGAGAACUAUACAGUUCAAUUUGCUAACACUAUGAUAAGCAGUGGUGGGUCAAAUGUCAUUCAAGUUGAAACGAAAAUUCCGCAUGAGGGUUACAAUUCAUCUAAUACAUGGAUCAAUGACAUAGCGUUAUUAAAAUUAAAGGAACCACUUAAAAAUCCAUUGAGCAAUGGAUAUGUUAAAUUGCCAGUUAGUGGAUCUUACUUUACUACCGGGACACCUGCAGUCCUUGCAGGAUGGGGCACUAAUGUUACUGGUGGACCUACAUUGCCUUUCUUGCAAAAAGCGGAUCUCCAAGUGUUUUCUGCUUUUGAUUGUAAUCAGUUGCAUCCAAGCACAGUUCAUUACACGAACAUUUGUGGUGGUAUACCAGAAGGCUGGAGAGGACAAUGUUCAGGAGAUUCUGGUGGACCACUAUUAGUUGAUGGUGUUCAAGUUGGGAUUGUUUCCUGGUCACGAAGACCUUGCACUGCUCCACCGUAUCCCGGAGUGUAUACUGGUGUUUCGCAUUAUAUUAAAUGGAUUGAGGAAAAUACUGGCAUAAACUUUCGCUUAGGAUUUUUCCUAAAAGCUGAAAUUUUUAGUUUAAUCGUUUCAGCUUUUGCAAAUUUAGAACCAAAAGUUAUUAAUGGAACAAAUGCGGACAUUUCUGAAUUUGGAUUUGUAGCUUCUUUAAGAAGGAAUGGGGAGCAUGCAUGUGGUUCGACAAUUCUCAAUGAAUGGUGGAUACUGACCGCUGCACAUUGCGUAAUUGCGCCCGUUGAGAACUAUACAGUUCAAUUUGCUAACACUAUGAUAAGCAGUGAUGGGUCAAAUGUCAUUCAAGUUGAAUCGAAAAUAAUUCACGAGGCUUAUAACUUAACUAACCAAUUGAUCAAUGACAUAGCGGUAUUAAAAUUAAAGGAACCACUAAUAAAUCCGCUAAGCAAUGGAUAUGUUAAAUUGCCAGUUCGUGGAUCAUAUUUUACGACCGGGACGCCCGCAGUUCUUGCAGGAUGGGGCACUAAUGUUACUGGUGGACCUCCAAUGACUUUUUUGCAAAAGGCGAAUCUACAAGUGUUUUCUGCUUUUGAUUGUAAUCAGUUGCAUACAGACCCAGUUCGCUACACGAACAUUUGUGGUGGUAUACCAGAAGGUUGGAGAGGACAAUGUUCGGGAGAUUCUGGUGGACCACUAUUAGUUGAUGGUGUUCAAGUUGGGAUUGUUUCCUGGUCACGAAGACCUUGCACUGUUCCACCGUAUCCCGGAGUCUUUACUAGUGUUUCGUAUUAUAUUAAAUGGAUUGAGGAAAAUACUGGCAUAAACUUUCGCUUAGGACUUUUCCUAAAAGCUGAAAGUUCACUUUAG